AUGAAUAGCAGAGCAGAAAUCUUAAAAGAAGUCCAGAUAGGUUUAGAUGUCGCCAUUUUUCUUUUCAAGACUCAUCGUGGUUUACAAGCGACUGAGUUAUGUAAUGAAUGCAUCACUUUGCUCCAAAACCUUGCCUCCGGCAUUCACCUUCAUAUCUCUAGAAUAAUAUUUAAUCUGUACUUCGCAAUCUUUGGCUCUACAAAUCAGGCAGCAGGAUAUGCCACCAAACUUCUCAUCACGCUCCACCAAGCGGCAGAGCUGACAAAGGAUCUAGGAGACGAAUAUUGCGCACAAAGUCGGUUUGUAGAUGCAAAGAAACUUUUUGGAAGAGUUCUCACGAUCGUGAAAAUGACCGAUCUUAGGAGAGAAGAAGGUAUAGCUUACCAGAGACUUGGAUCUGUAUCUAGAUUUUUCGAAGAAGAACAAAAGGUAAUAGAAUAUCACGAGAAAGCACUUUCCAUCAUGAUAGAAAUUGGUGACAUACAAGGAGAAGAAUCAUGUUACGUGAACCUAGGAGCUGUGUUUCAAUCCCUUGGUAGAAAUCAGCAAGCUGAAGACUCUCUAGAGAAAGCUCUUUUCAUCGCGUUAGAAACUGGCGACAAACAAGGGGAAGCAAACAGUUACGGGAACCUCGGAAUUGUCUUUAAAUCCCUUGGCGAAUAUCAGCAAGCUAGAGAAUAUCACGUGAAAGCACUUGCCAUUGCGAUAGAAAUUGGCGACAAAGAACUUGUAGGGUUAAGUUACGGGAACCUCGGAAAUGUCUUUAAUUCCCUUAGCGAAUAUCAGCAAGCUAAAGAAUAUUACGAGAAAGCACUCGCCAUCUGGAUAGAAUUUGGCUACAAACGAUAUGUAGAGACAUGUUACACGAGCCUCGGAACUCUAUGUACAUCCCUUGGCGAAUAUCAGCAGGCUAGAGAAUAUUUUGGGAAAGCACUUGCCAUCGAAAUAGAAAUUGGUAACAGGCGAGGAGUACCGACAACUUUCUGGAACUUCGCAAGUGUGUUUCAAUCCCUUGGCGAAUAUCAGCAGGCUAAAGAAUAUCUAGAGAAAGCACUUGCCAUUGCAAUAGAAAUUGGUGACAGGCGUGGAGUAGCGGUAAGUUACUGUAAACUCGGAUAUGCGUUUCAAUGCCUUGGCGAAUACCAGAAGGCUAGAGAAUAUCACGAGAAAUCACUUGCCAUAGCGGAAGAAAUUGGCGACAGAAAAUGAGUCGAGUCAUGUUACUUGAA